UGAUAAUUAUGAUUCGCUGCGUUUCCAAAAUGAUCUUACUAUAAUAGUUCGGUUUCAUGUGGUUAUUUUGCCCCGACUCAUUCGAUUUUUAUCCUAGUGCUUUAAUAAAUCGCCUGGUUGCAAUCAAUAGACUUGUGUAACAUUCCUAGACCUAACAGAUGCCUUAUGGUACUUCUGUUCCUGAUGCGUGUAAGUAUCAAACGAUCUUCGAACAACUUCAGCCAACACAUGGAAAAUUAUCUGGAGAAAAAGUCAGAGAGGUAUUUCUGAAGUUUCAGUUACCAGUUGAAACUCUUGGGAAAAUAUGGGACCUAUCAGAUAUUGAUAACGAUGGUAGUCUAGAUCAGAGCGAGUUUAUUGUAGCUAUGCAUUUGGUCCAUCGAUCACUUGAAGGUGAAAAACUACCAGACAAAUUGCCACAGAAUUUAGUUCCUCCUGAAAAAGAACAUUAUUUCCAAAAUUCUACGUCUAUUAAUAAUACAAUGUUAUGCUUGCCACCAAUUACCAGUGAUGCUGAAUUUAAUUUAGCACUCGUCCCUAUGCAAUCCACAGAACUAAAUUCAAAACAAAAUACUGGAUAUAUGUCAACACUUGUAUCGGCUUUCCCAACUGAUAAAACAUUAUGUACACAGUCAACUCAUACAACUCCAAGUGUCUGGGCUCUGUCUAGUCAUCAACCUUAUCUUCAGUCGUAUAAUUGUCCGGAAUGGUCUAUUUCACCGGAAGAACAUUCCAAAAAUUUGAGAGUAUUCGCCGCAUUAGAUACCGAUGCUGAUGGAUUAGUUUCAGGCCCUGAAGUGAGAGAUGUUCUCAUGCAGUCCGGUUUGCCUCAAGAUAUUUUGGCUCAUAUAUGGGAGCUGGUGGAUAUACAGAACACAGGUUUGCUAAACAGUGAACAGUUUACAGUGGCCAUGCACUUAGCAACAGAACAAUUAUCUGCUGGUUUAUCUAAUCGUACACUUCCUAACGUACUUCCUGCUGCUUUACUUCCGCCAAGUUUGCGCCCAAUCCCUCCAGAUCCAUCGAUUUUUGAAGAAUCGAACAAAUUGAUUAUAGAAAUAGAAGCAUUAAAUCGUGAAAAAUCUGCUGUAGAAUCUGAUUAUGUUUCUAUGGCCACAGAUUCCCAGCGUCGAGCUUCUGAAGCCACUUCGAAACAGCGUACAAUCGAUACCCUUAAUCAUACCAUUCGUAAUUUAGCUAAUCAGCGUUUAGAAGCUGAACGCCGACUAACUGAUUAUAGUCGUGAAAAGGAUACAUUAGAAAGUGUACUUAAUGACAUCAAAAGUCAUGUAGCGAAUGAACGUCGAAAAGUUGAAGAAAUGCGUAUUAAAAUUAACUGUCAACAAGCCUCAACGAAAGGUCACAAAGAAGAAAUAGCUCGUUUGCGAAAUAAGUUAAAUGAAUUAAUACGAGAAGAAGCUAUGUUACAAGAUAAAAUUAUUGAAGAUCAACGUCGUUUAGAACAAAUUGAUAAGGAAAACAAUUUAGCGCAGUCUCGUAUAGAUCAAGCUUUCAAUAAACUUGGAACAUUGGAAUCUACUCGUAGUCACCUGCUAGAAGUGCUUGAACAAUAUAAUGGUCUGUUAAACGGUGAUGAAAAUAUCAAAGAACCUGACGAAGCAAGAGUUAAAUCGUUGCUUUCUGAUGAAAGUGCAAGAGAUAAUUUGAGAAGUUUCCAUACAGAUCUUGGAGGUAUAAAUUGGUCAAGUCGUAAUAAUAACGAUCCUUCUUUUAUUACUGAUAUGCAAUCUUUCUCAGUAUUUGAUACAUCACGAAGCCAAACUGGAGCUCACUCUGUACCACUCCCAUUAAUGUCAAUGGAUUCUUUAUCAGGUGGUGAUUUCAAGACAAAUGAAAGAGGCCAUUUAAAUUCUUCACUUGGAUUUCCAUUUCCUUACGACCCUUUUGAUAGCAGUGAUCCUUUCAAAUCUAAAACCAAUGAGUUCCAUAAAAAAUCUGUUGAAGAUCCAUUCGCUUUGUCAAUUACGAAUGAUCCAUUCAAGGAUUCUGAUCCAUUCGGUACAGAUCCUUUUGGCUUACCUUAUUUGAUGACUAAAGAUAGAAAAUCUUCGAAUGCUAUUGCCUCAGCGUUUGAUCCUUUUAGAACGGAUGGAGUGUGUUCUACUGUUCUUCCAGAAAAUUCAUUUGUUGGGGCCGAUUUUGAUUCAGUUUUUGGACCUUCCAAUGGUGAGCUAUCGAAUAUAACUGAUCCAUUUGGUAGUGAUCCAUUUACACCUUCAAGUAAUGCAUUCAUGAUAAAUACAAGUAUGACUAAUAAUCGAGAGACAAAGAAUCAAAUGAAUUCAGUAAGAAAGUCUCCACCGCCUCGACCUAAAACGCAACCAACUCCCGGUAAAUCCAUUCGAGCUUUCAAGUCACUGUGUGAUGAUUCUAAUUUUCCUGCCAGUAUGCAUUCUACUAAUUCUGAUGGAGAUUUUGCAAACUUUACUAACUCUUCAUCUUCUAUGCUGGCUAAUGUUUCAUCAGAGCACCGUAAACAUUCAAUUGGCGGCGUUAUUGAUCAUUCAAUUAAUCAAAAAUCAACAUUCACUUUAAAAUCAAAAAGUUCUGGUAAAAACAUAAAAAAAGAUGCACAAAAUUUCCCAUCAUCAUCACCAUCAUUAAUUAGUAAAAUGAAAACAAUUACAAAAUCUACAGGUAGUGGUAAUGACAUCCCACUAUCUGAUGAAGCAAGACUUUCUUGGGCUAUCAUUGAAAGUCAACGUCUUGCACAAAUCGAGGAGGAAGCUCGUAGACAAGAAGAAGCUGAUCUUGAGCUGGCACUUCGUUUAAGUAAACUUGAUUCAUCGAAUCAACAUUGAGUAGGAGAGAUUGAGAGAUAUAUUGUUACUUCCAUUGUCAUCUAUGAAUUUUUAGAACAGAAGCUAUUUUCGAAGUUUCGUUUUCUUUUCAUUCAUUAGUUCAACUAUACUAUAUUCUUUUUCUAAGUUAGUCUGAGCUAACUGUUCAACUCCUUUUUUUACGCAUAUAAAUAUAUGAUCAUCUCGUAUGUAUGAAGUUCAAUCUCUUUUCUUUUGUUAAUGCAAAGAGUGGACAAUUGGAAUUGAAAAAGUGAAAAAAAAUGGUUACUUCAAUGAGUUUAAAUUCUGUGAUGUAUUGAAAUAGUAUUGUAGUACUGUACGUCAAUUAAUGUUAGUUAAUAUGCUUUCAUGAAUGAUGGGCUUUUGUGUUGAAGAACGAAGUGUAUGUUUAUAUUUUCCGUCACCUAAUAUAAUUGAGAAAAACAUGUUAUACACAAUGAA